CGCCAGAGGGCGGGAGUGAGGGGUUGACGCAUGCGCAGCCGGGCCUUCCCAGCAGUCUCUAGAGCAACAUGGCGCCGCGGGGUUCUGUACCUGUGACUGUCUGAGGGAAGGCCAAGUAACUGUCUGCGGCCGUGUUCCAGCUCCGCGGGAAAGCAGAGACUGAGCCCCGGAGGGUGCGAUGGCCGCUGUGGUGGCCAAGCGGGAAGGGCCGCCGUUCAUCAGCGAGGCAGCUGUGCGAGGCAACGCCGCAGUCCUGGAUUACUGCCGCACCUCAGUGUCAGCGCUGUCGGGGGCCACGGCCGGCAUUCUCGGCCUCACCGGCCUCUACGGCUUCAUCUUCUACCUGCUAGCCUCCAUCCUGCUCUCCCUGCUCUUAAUUCUCAAGGCGGGAAGGAGGUGGAACAAAUAUUUUAAGUCACGAAGACCUCUGUUUACAGGAGGUCUCAUCGGAGGCCUCUUCACCUACGUCCUGUUCUGGACAUUCCUCUAUGGCAUGGUGCACGUCUACUGAAAUGGGGGCAGGGAUGACUUUCUAAAAAAACCAGAUUGGGAAGACUAUUGCCAGAAAUUAACAACGUGUAGAGUUACUUAGUUUUUAAAUUGUUGAAUUCGCUGCUUGUUCUGUAACGUUAUAAGUAACUUAUAUCAAGACGAAGAGCUUGUAAUAUUCUUCAGAUUAAAUGAAGCGUGAGACACUGGGUGGAGUUUUUUCCUACCGUAACGCAUACCCCCUGUCUGCCGUGGCUGCAGAAUCGCCGAGUUUUGACGCUUGGAGAGCUGGGACUGAGGCUUAGUCUUCUGUAAUUUCCUUGCAUUUACACUAGGGCCUAAAUACGCAGAGAACUUAACAUCCAAAGAACUAAUAACAAUAUUUAUUGUGUGUUCUAUAGGCCAGGCAUUGUGCCUUGUACGUUUUAUGCCCAUUAUCUCAUUUAAUUCUAGCAAUAUCCUCAUGGAGUAGAUAUGAUUAUUGUCCCCCGUUGAUGAACGUAAGGCGGCAGAGGAGGCACAGUUUCAAAAAGGCAGAGGCAGGACUCAGAUGCAGGUCUCUUCAUUGCUCUUGCCGUAUUGGCUGAGUGAACUUGUUCAGAGCCCAGCCUUCCCUUCCACUAACCCCUGCUUUCAGGUAUGAAUGAUGUCCUGUCAGUUCCAUUUCACCUAGUUACAGCUAAAUGUCAUUUUCAUUUAAAAAAAAUUCAAGCUCUUUUUUAAAAUACGAAGAUUAUACAAACUGGACAUUUUUAAACUAAACAUUGGGCUUGUCUAGAGUGAACAUGUUGCUCAUAGAAUUUAUAGUCUAACUGGCAAGACCAGCAUCACCUAAUUCCACAGAUAUUUAAGUGAUGGUAAGAGCUAGGAAAAGAGUACACAGGAACCCCAAGCUGAACCCAAGUUGGGAGGUGAGGUCGAGAAAGGCUUCUUUGAGGAAAUAACAGAGAAGCGAAGGUUAAAUGACAGCCAAGUAAAGUGUGGAGAAGGAGGUACUUACUUGCAAGAAAGCACACAUGUGAGGGCCAUUGGUCAGGAAAGAACCUGGCCUGUACUUGAAGCGUUAGAGCAGCUAUGGGGUAGACCUGGACUGGGUCACCGAGGGCCACGGUGGGGUGUGUGGCUUUGAUUCUAAGAGUAACAGAGAGUCUGGAAGUACUGGGGGAGGCCUUUGGGAGUUUUAGUUCGGUGUUAAUGUGAUCAGAUUUGGAUGAUUUUUUUUUUUUUUAUUUAAAUCAGUUUUAGAUCAGAAGGGAUCUGAGAGCUUGAAUUCAAGUUGCCUAGGCAGGUGGUAUUGGCCCAUGGCCAGUGAUGGAAAUGGAUCUGGGACCCAGGCUUCCUGAAUUCCAUUUUGGGUUCCGGUCCAUGUGCUCACACGUUGAAGCCAAGAAGCAGCUGAGGCCACAGCUCUGCCCCCCUGUCCCCCAGUGACUUCAUCGGAGCCCUUACCCUGACCGCCGGCACUGACGGUGCUUGCAGUCAUGGUUUGCACCCCCUCUCCAGAACUCCGCAGUCCUGCUCAGCGCCUUCUCUGAGUGGGAAGAGAGGAUUCGUUCCUGAUGCGCG